CAACUCGCAAUGAUGCAGCAGGCAGCCGCGCGAUAUGAGGCGAUGAUGCAACAAGCAAGAUCUAAUUUCAAUGCCAUGAAUUCCCAAAUCCAAGCCCACAUGCAAGGAUCAAUGGGUGGAGCACCAACUCAACAACCAGGCCAAUUCAACACACACACAACCUUCAGUACCAUGAGUCCUCCUGCACCCACACCGGACGUGCCUCUCCCCGCCCAACCCACAGUUAACACUGGUUCCAGUAACCCUAGUACCAGCGGAUCUCAAGGAUCGAGCCCAGCACCCACCGCUAGCCCAGUACGGGGAACAUCACCUACAGUUCAUUUGCCAACUUCUCUACCGCCAAAUCAACAAGAAUAUAUCCCAGAUCAACCAGGGCAGCAAUUUCAGUCAAGUCCGUCAAGUCAACCAAGUCAACCAAGUCAAUCAUCACAGCCAGUUCCACCAACUCAACCAGCUCAACCAACUCAACCAGCUCAACCAACCCAACCACCUAAGCCAGUUCAACCAGUUCAACCAGUUCAGCCAGUUCAACCCGUUCAACCGGUUCAGCCAUCCCAGCCAGUUCCAUCUGCGCCUACUGCCGGUCCUGCUGCAGCGAUCAGCCCCCAGGAAGCUGCCAUGAGGGCUCAACGGAUGGUGUACCAGAUGGAAGCCCAGAUGUUGGGGCAAAGAAACCAACAGCAAGGACUCUUCCCAGAUCUCCAGGUGCCUCUUCCCAAUAACCCUCCAGCACACCACCAAUGGCCCCAGCAACAGAUGACAGCAUUCGGCAGACAAGAUAUGCCGAUUCAGGCUCAUCAAUCCAGUGGACAGUGGCCACAGAGUCAGCAAAGUCAAACUACUGCCAACCAAGGAUUCCCCGACCAGACUAACAUGCAGAAUCAACAACUUUUUGCUAUGGGACAAAUGAAUGGAAGGAUGCAUGCUCCAGCUCCAGCAAUGGCCGACGCCGCUAGAAUGGGUAACAUGCAUGGUAUGAACGGCCAGACAGACACAUCGAUGUUUAAUAUGAACAACCAGCAACAACAACAGCAACCGCAGAUGACACUGGAGCAACAAUAUAUGCAGUUGUUGCAACAACAAUCAGCACCACAGUUGCCCCCAAGUUCACCAUUCGGACAACAAGGACAAUCAUCAUCAAGUUCCCUCUUCGGACAACAGUCGACUUCCGCUUUCUCCCACCAACCACCGUCAACACAUUCCCACUUCCUGAACCAACACCAGUCUCCUCCCACUUCCCCCUUCAUGUCAGGCAUGUCUCGUCAGCAGCCCGGCGCGGGCUUAGGAGGUCCAGCAUCAACCCCAACACAAGCCCAGCUUCUCCAGCAGUUCGCCGCUCUAGACAGCAAACUCUCAUCAAUGCCGAACCCAACACCAGCUCAGCUACAGUCGGUGAUGUCGCAGUUCCAGCACCUGGAGAGACAGAUGGAGAUGGCCAAUAAUCCAGCUUCUCCCUCAUCGGCUUUGACGCCAGACAUGUCCGGAAUGGGAGGGAUCCCGGGGAUGCCAGGGACGCCAGACAUGUCCGGAAUGGGAGGAAUCCCGGGGAUGCCAGGGAUGCCAGACAUGUCCGGAAUGGGAGGAAUCCCGGGGAUGCCAGGGAUGCCAGACAUGUCCGGAAUGGCGGGGAUGCCAUUAGACCCUUCCGCUGCCAUGGGCCCUGAUUCGAUACCAGCUAUUGAGACACAGGUGAUGGCGCUGGAAAAUCGUCUCUUGACUCAUUUUAAACAUCCAAACCCAAAUCCCGAACAGACUGCACAACUGGUUGCAGAAUAUGAUGUACUCCAGAAGAAUCUCAAAGCUGCCAAAAGAGCAGCCGCAGUAUCAGCAAGUCCAAUGCCAGGUGGAUCAAGCAGCGCUAACCAACUGUCUGUGGGAAAUACCGCCUUGAAUUCCAGAAAGGCUCUCAGCAGUAUGAAUAUCCCAUUUGACUUCGCCGGGCUUGGGUCCUCAGCUUCUGGUAACACUUCUCCACUGUCGUCGCUCGUCUCCCCGCCACAAGGUUUGACCCCAGCUGAUAUUAAUGCACUUCAAAGCCCUGGAGGACUACAAGCUGCCCCAGUUCUGCCAGGAUUGCCAGGAACUGCAGCUCUUGGACCCCGCGCAAGGGACAUACUUGAACCAAUGAUAGAAAGACAGGAAGACAUGAUGAGAAACGCAAAUAAUGCAAGGAAAUUGGGUACGUGUAACAUGUCGGCGCUCUACGCGCCUGUCUUAAUUAAGGCUUUUGUCUCAUUUGAAGAUAUGUAA